CAGCUCCUGCUGGACAUAAUUUUGACAGAGGGCUUUUGAGAUGGCUGACAUAGCGCCAACUAAGACAAUCGUCUACAAGACGGUCGAUGCAUUGCAAAUCUCACUAGACAUCUAUCUGCCAUCCGGCAGUUCCUCCAAAGCACCUAUUCUACUAUGGUACCAUGGUGGUGGCCUUCUCCAAGGCCAUCGCAACCAGCUCACUCCAUGGAUGCGCAGAGCAGUUGAAGAUCAAAAGCUUGCAAUCAUAUCCGCCGAUUACCGCUUUGCUCCGCAAGUCGGCGUCGCAGAUAUCCUACAAGAUGUUCAAGAUAGCAUUCGAUUCAUCAGGACCGAGCUUGCAAGCCAUUUGGAUAACUCAGAUGCCAUUGACCAAACAAGACUAGCAGUCUCUGGUAGCUCAGCUGGUGGCUAUCUCGCACUGCUGGCUGGAUUAUAUGUCGAUCCCAAGCCUAACGUAAUUUUGCCAAUCUACCCAAUUACAGAUCCCUUAGGCACGUUUUUCACAAAUCCGCAGCCGCCAGCGAUGGGAAGACCAUUGAAGCCCAGAGAAGAGCUGGCUGAAUUCCUCGAUCCCAGUGCUGCACCCGUAGCCAAUAAUCCCGGUGACUCGUUGAGGCAAAAUAUGUACAUGCGUAUGCAAGCCGACGCCUCCCUCGCAAAGCUGUGGAAAGUACCGGAAGACCAGACAGCAGCGAAAAAAUGGAGGCUCUCGAGAAAUGUAUACGAGUCCAGGUUACCGCCUGCUUAUUUUCUACACGGUGAUGCAGACACAGCUGUGGGUGUCGAACAAGCCGAUGAAGUCGUAGGUGCUAUGCUCGGAUGUGGCAUCGAGGUCGAGUACGAGCGGCCACCUGGAAAAGACCAUUUCCUCGAUGCAGGGCCAGAGUAUGAGAACGAAGUGUUCUGGGCCUUUAUGCGCAAGCAUCUGAAGUGAGUAAAUCGCAAUGACGGAAAAGCUGAUGUCCAUCCGAGCUCUGCGCUGUUUGGUCUGCUGAGAGGAUGGUACGUAGAUUGGACUCGCGAUGCGGUGCCGGUCGUGAUACA